GUCUCCAUGUCUAUUUCAAGAUCUGCUAAAAUUCAUGUCGAAGGUUGUAGUAGCUCAAAAAAUGGUCGGCAAUAAUCUAUUUGACUGCGAAUUAGAAUUAUUCCACAGCACGCAACUUUAUCACGUACGAGAAAAAAUUCGUGCACGUCAUGGUGGUACUCCCGUUGAUAUAAGGAUGUGGAAGUCAAAGGUUGAACCCUUGAACAUAAUACGUGACAUGCGUAUUACAAUCAGAGACCUUUUCGGGUUACCAAAAUCAUCAGAAGCUUCUGAAAUGGUAAGUAAAGUAACUAUCUUUUAUGAUUUUAGCCCACCCCCAAUGAAAAGCGUGCUUAUUACUAAAUGCUAGAUGAAAAAUUUGUGAUUGUUUAUGUACAGUAUCCAUCAAUAAAUGCAUU